AGAUCAAAAUUCAAAGCGGGUAGAUAAAAAAGAAAAAAGCCUUCCUUGGGGCCGCUGCUUAAUAAUAUUUCGCGGAAGAAGGAAGGAAGACCAGAGAAAGUCCUCUCUUUCGAAGAUUCCAAAUUUUAAUCGAAAUCCAGAUUUUUCCCCAGGGAUCUAGCAAUCGAUUUGGGUAGAAGAGGGUGAAAUUAAGGAAGAAGGAAAAAGAUGAUGAAUCGGCUAUUUGGGAAACCAAAGCAUGAGGGUAAUGCUCUCCAGACAUUAGACAAGCUCAACGAGACGCUUGAGAUGCUAGAGAAGAAGGAGAAAGUGCUGUUAAAGAAAGCUGGACAAGAGGUCGAGAAAGCCAAAGAAUACACUCGUUCUAAAAACAAACGCGCGGCUAUUCAGUGCUUGAAAAGGAAGAGGUUGUAUGAGCAACAAGUUGAACAGCUUGGCAACUUCCAGCUCCGUAUUCAUGAUCAAAUGAUUAUGUUAGAAGGCGCAAAAGCAACAACCGAGACUGUUGAUGCGUUGAGGAGUGGAGCUUCUGCUAUGAAAGCUAUGCAGAAAGCUACGAACAUAGAUGAUGUAGACAAGACCAUGGACGAGAUCAAUGAGCAGACAGAGAACAUGAAACAGAUCCAAGAAGCAUUGUCUACUCCAAUCGGUGCGGCUGCUGACUUCGAUGAGGAUGAGCUCGAAGCUGAGCUUGAAGAAUUAGAAGGUGCAGAGCUUGAAGAACAACUUCUUCAGCCAACACCAAUGCCUUCUGUUCCAGGGCGUCAACCAGUCCGUCCUGUUGCUCCUAAACGGACAGCCGAGGAAGAAGAACUCGCUGCAUUACAGGCUGAGAUGGCCCUCUAAAGGUUAUUGACUUGGUUUGAGCAGAUCUGUGUAUGCAUUGAUGAUAAACAAGAACAUGCGAUGUAUAUUAUAUAAAAAGGAUCACCAGAGUCAAAAUCAAACUGGACCGGAACUUUAAGAAUCAUCAUCGCCGUGAAUGUUAUCAACAUUUGACUUGCUCACAUAUUUUUAUAUUUUAUCGUUUUGUAAUAUUUGAAUCGUUUGUGACACGUUGUUUUUUCUGUAGUUUGUGACAUGCAUCGUUAUACUCAA